UUACCAUUUAGUUCAUCUGCUGGCAUUUAAAUUCAGGUUUCAGCCAGCACAUCUUUUGGGCCCUGCUCCCAUCCAGCUGCGCACGUCUGGACACUGCUUUGAGGCUCCCAUUGCUCUGACCGGGUAAUUCAGCCACCGCUCUGGCUUUCGGCUCCCCGGGGAGCUCUGGCUGGCAGGGGUAGGCCCCGGGGCCCGCAGAUGGUUCUGUGGCCCCGUUUUCCGCCGCCUUUCUCCGCUGCUCUGUGUCCCGGAGGUUGGCUUGGCCACGGACAUGGAAGGAAGGCCCAGCUCUGGCAGGGAGAGCCCCGGGGACGUGCCAGGACACCACCCGAGCACUUCUGCUCCCGAAGGUCAGCUCCAGGGACGCUUUAGAUAUGUAAAUAUAUAUAACUGUGCCUUUGUGGAUCACAGCUGCAGGCAAUGAAAUGCCGUUAUGAAAGAGGAUGAGGUGGAAUUAAAGGGCAAAAGCGCGCCCCACGAAGCGGUCCCGGCUCGCCCACUGCGCAAUCAGCCGAGUGGGGGGGACACCCACAUUUUGGGCCCCAGGCCGAACCACACCAGCGCUGCCCAGCGCGGGGGAAGCGCUUGCGGGUGAGGGGAACCGCCGGAGGCACCCGCGGCCCGGCCCUGCCCGGCCGCCAUCGCGCAUGCGCGGCGGGUGCGCCAUUUCCGGGGCGCCGCUGCCUGGAGACGGCGCUGCUGCGCGGGAGCGCUCCGAUUCCUGCUACAUUAUGUCAGGAGACAGUGACUGCACCAGGACAAGUCCAUCAGCAGGGUCUCCAUCAGACAAUGAGUUCUUGCCAGAUCGGCCAAAGUAUGUUUGUUCGCUGUCUCCUGAUCUCAUUACCAAAGCCCGGGAAGAGCUCCAAGAGAAACCUGAAUGGAGGCUCCGUGAUGUGCAGGCACUCCGAGAUAUGGUGUGCAAAGACUAUCCCUCCCUGGGCACCAGCCUGGACGAUGCUUUUUUGCUAAGAUUCCUCAGAGCCAGGAAGUUUGAUUAUGAUCGAGCGCUUCAGCUUCUGGUGAACUACUACACCUGUAGGAGGAGCUGGCCUGAGGUCUUCAAUAACUUGAAGCCAUCUGCAAUAAAGCCUGUCCUAGAGUCGGGUUUUGUCACUGUGCUGCCUCGUCUGGACCCAGAGGGACGCCAUGUCGUCUGCAUCCGUCCAGACAGAUGGACACCCAGUAAUUAUCCGAUUACUGAGAACAUUCGUGCCAUAUACUUAACGUUAGAAAAACUCAUUCAGUCCGAAGAGACCCAGGUGAAUGGAAUUGUAAUCCUGGCAGACUACAAAGGAGUCAGCUUAUCUAAGGCGUCUCAUUUUGGUCCUUUUGUAGCCAAAAAAGUGAUUGGAAUUCUUCAGGAUGGAUUCCCCAUUCGAAUAAAAGCUGUUAACAUAAUAAAUGAGCCUCGUAUAUUUAAAGGCAUUUUUGCAAUCAUCAAGCCUUUUCUGAAGGAAAAGAUCGCAAACCGGUUUUUUCUUCAUGGCUGUGAUCUGAAUUCCCUUCAUCAAAACAUUCCUCCAGUGAUCCUUCCUGAAGAGUAUGGUGGUACUUCAGGGAAACUGGACAUCUCUGCAUGGAAUGAGCUGCUGCUAGCCUCUGAAGAAGACUUUCUGCAUGAUUUCUCACAGCUGGUUCUCCCAUGUGACAGCUCUCCCCAUGACAUGCUAGUGAGUGGGGAUGCUGAUGAAAAACAAUGUGAUGAUUCUCUGCGAGGCAUGAAACCUCAGCUCUAUUACUGUUAUUAACAAACCAGAGAAGGGAAGUAUUCCAGCACAGUUAAGAUCUGUUCUGAUAGGUGAUGUUGUGAACUCUGCCUUACUCCUAAACCUGCUGUUUAGGAACAGACUGCUGAGGCACUUUACACUGUAGAACCAAAGGAAGCUGAAGAGGGCACAAUAGGGGCAGGGCAGAGUUCAGGGAGGAUAAAGGCAAAGAGCACAAGUUAUAUAGAAUACUUGAGGCUCGUCAACCUCUGUGUGACUGAUGCAAAUUGUCCUAUUUUUUCCAAUGAUAAAGAAAAGAAAUACUGCAGAAUGGUAAGCUUGAUAGUUUCUUAUCCCCUCCCAACACAGGUGAAAAGUAACAACGAUUUACUAGCUUUGUGACCAUCUGUUCCCUACCCCUUCUGCAAACACUGGUUAUCCAAGACAAGAAACUUGCUUUUGAACCUUGCAAAAUGUAGUUCUGACAGUGAAGAUUGCUUAAAAACAUAGAAGUCUAACUUGGCCUGUCCUCUGUCACUUGGUUCAGAUUGUGAGUUGGCAUUUCUGAAAUACCUCAAUGAAAAUUUGUCUUGAGUUAAUACAGAGCAAAGCUGUCUUACCCAUGAAUAUCAGUCUUGAGAUCAUCUCUGAAACUUUCUCACAGUAGAAAGAACUAACUGGUGGAUUAACUACUAUAACAUCUAUGCCAAGGCUUAUUAUAAACAGAUGCAAUCUUCAUUUUCAGAAAACAGCAAGUUUUUCAGAUCAAGCACUAAGGCUUUUGAUUAGAUAACAGCUUUAAAUAAUGAGGUUUGGGACCAAAUAAGAAAAAGCUGUCAGCCACCUUCCCACAUUGUCAGUUGUUCUUUUCUUCAUCUGGCUGUGACGAGGAAUUGGGUAAGUAACUCUUACAUAGAAUUUGUAAGGAGGCUUUGUAGCAGUUGGCAUAUGAUGUAUAGAAGGCAAUACUUGAGGUAAAAUAGCAAGGUGCUUCUUUAGCUUGUUACUUUGGACAGAAUUUGAGUUAAAAGUCUGUGAAACCAAAUGCAGACAGGCUAUUUGAAAGCACAUUCUUAAAUUUCCUGGUAUUGUAGCAUUUUGUUCACUGUGCUUGUCGGCUCUUUUGUGAAAUGUUACAACUUUGUUUUCAACUUUGACCUCUUUUGUCUUUGGUUGUCAUGUUCCUGUAUGAAGUGAGCCUUUAAUCAUCUCUGUAAUAUUUACUUGUAGCUUGUAUGCCUGUGCUUCUAGGUCUUUGUCUAGGGACAGAACUAAGACUGCAAUAUCAAAUCAGGGUAAGAUACCUAUGUCUAAAUAAGCUGUUCCCACUCCCCAAGUUCAGUCUGUUUAAUGGUCUUGAAUUGGAACUUUACUCUCAGCACACUCUUUGCACAUGGUUUUUUUGGCACUGUAAGAGCGUGGGAAUGAGAAAAACCUCACUAGGACCAGGAAAGCACACCCUGUUACUUCAAGGUGAAAUAUUUCACUAUUUGGUGAAAAAGACCAUCCCUUCUAAUUGGAGGCAUCUCUAGAGCACUUCUUCUGGGUGAAAUCUUUAUUUAGUGCCAAGUGUCAUUAUAGGUACCAGUUAUGUUGCUGUAAAUAUAAAACUAAAGCAUUCUGAGGAUGUCAGACAUUCAUUUUUCAAAGUGCCAAACUCUGUGUUGAAUGUCUUUCUUCCUCUCAGUCCCCCUACAGCAUGAUUUGCACUGCCAAAAAGAGAUUCCUCUACUACUGUAAUGACUUUCCUGAUCUGGCAGCAGACCUCAUCCUGGAACUAGGGGGUAACAAAUGCCAUACCUGUCAUCCAAGCAUUAUAAAAGGAGACUGGGUUUUAAAAAGGGGUAAACGAUUAAUUUUUUUUUCUGGGUGACAGUUCAGAAUUUGUGGGAGUAGGGAACUCAUCACUUGAACUGUUUUAGACUAAAGGUGGGAAGAGAUUAAUCUUCCUCACUGAAAGAAUCUGAUUUUUCCUACCUUUAAGUUAAUUCUUAUUCUUUUUUUGACAGCUGUUACCUUUAGUGUGGGGAAGACAAAACCCUACCAUUUUCAGCUACUUACAAUAAGCUAGCCACUUCCUUGCUUCUGACCAGAGCCUGCUGCAUGUUUUGCAGAGAUUAAUUCAGUUCUUUGUGCCAUCUAGCAAGACAGUAGCACACAGCACCAGGACUUAGAAAAGUGAGUGGCUGCCCAUGCUGUUUACCUGCUAGAACACAGUGGUGAUUAUAUUGUUUUAGUGCCUCUUAAUUCUAGCCACAAGGUGGAAUUAAAAAAAUAAGAUGGAUCAUUUUUCCUAGAGGUGAAGGCAUAACUGGUAUUUGAUACUCUUUCCUUAAUUGUGCUGAAGGGUUUGAAGUGGUGGUAUUUUGACAGUUAACCUGUAAGAACAGCUACUUCGAUCCCCUUAUGUGACUACUCGAGGGAGAUUGAAUAUUCAAGAUUCAAUUUAGUGUCCUUCAAAAAGAAAAAAAUCUAGUGGUGUUCAGCAGAAGGCUGAGGAACCUCUGUAGCAACCAAGCCUGUUUCCAGGCUUUUAUAUUCUCGUGCAUGCCUUAAAUUGGAGGCAAACUAGAUCCAUCUCUCCCUUCCCUUUUCUCCUUUGCUUACAGAGAAACUAAGACUAAAGCAUGUGAUUUAAACAUAAUGUAGCCUUAUCUAUUAUCAAUGCUGAAAAUAGCCUGUGUUAUGCCUCCAGAGCUUUUUCUUAAAGCUAGCUGGUGGGCAGUUGAUGUCAUGAUGCUUGAAGUCAGCCAGGCUUAUCUUUAUCAAGCAUCCAACUGUUACUUCUAAUUUGCUCUUUCUUGGCUUUAGAACUCAGACAGACCCAAGCUGCAACUUUAUUGAGCUGUAUCCCAACCAUUUUAGGUUCAUAACCAGUACUUGACUUGUCUUACAGAAAGCACAGCCCUGUCUUACAUGCACCUGGCUCCUGAGAUGCUAUUUGAGCUUUAGCACUUACUAGCAAAGAAAUUAGUUUGUUUCCAAAAUUUCUCAUGUCAACAUUUGGAAAAUAAACACUUGUUUUGAGUCCCCUUAUCUGCAAGUUAAAAGAGAAUAGAUAUGAGAAGUUGUGUUGGUUUUUUUUUUCCAGCACUGUUUUUUUCCACUUGAAAUAACUUCCAGAGGUUAUGCCUUGGCCAGUACGUAAGCCAUCCCUACCAAAUCCAGCGCAUAAUAAGGAAAGAUACUUGAACUGCAUUGGGCAGCCAUGACUUUGGGCAUUAAGAGGGACAAAGGGUAGCUGCAUGCUGUGCACAAAAGUACUUGAAUUUAUUCUCUUGCAACUGGGUGUUACAGACCCUGAGGCAUUUUCAGGAACUGGGUGAGUUAUUAUUGUUUUUGUUAACUCUCAUUUUGGCAUGAGUUAUUCAUAGUGUUAUUCAAACUAAUUUGCUUUCUGUUGUAUGUGGGCCUAGAGGUGUUGGGUAGUUAAGGGUACAUCUUAUUUUGACAAAAUUUAUUUUUAUAUUGCAUUUUAUAAAAUGGAGUGGUCAAAAUGUGUAAUUUUAUGAUGCAUGACCAGGUGAUUAAACACAUUGUAACAGCUGCUAA